UGGAUAUACUCGUUUUCGACUCAAUUGCAGCACCAGCUCUGGUUUAUGGACAUGUCGGAUGUUGCAGUCCGCCAUAAUCUUGCUCUCUCUGAUUUCAACGUCCAUCAUUUAGUCGACUUCACCCCGUCUGCUGUGUCCAUCGCCAGAGAAGUCCGCUUCUGCGUGAUCGCCAUUGUGGUUGGGUGGACCACCACGCGCGUUGUCUCUGCGCUGUUGAAUCGGAAAACGCCUGAUCGCUGAGGUUUUCUCUAGCUGUGCUGGAGACUGGUUUAUUUGUGUUGUUUUUCUGUAUUGUUUUUCUGUAUUGUUUUUCUACGUCAUUGCGACUUCCUUGGAGAUAACGAGACCUGGACUCUACGGCAUCAUGAAGAUCCCGGCUUCCUUUUCGCUCUUUAUCGCUGCUGCUACAGCUCAGUCAGUGAUUGAGAGCUCAAGUUUCGGCUAUGGUCAAACUUUGUCAUUGAACACAGACGGCAUCCCUGGGUGGCAAGUAGGAGGAGUAGGAGCUGCUCCUCAGAUUUUUUCGGAUAAAAUCAUUCUGACUCCGCCCUAUCCUGGCAACACCAGGGGCUUUGCCUGGUCAGAGAAUCCUGUUUCCGAGUCGGAGUGGACUGCGGAAUUUCAAUUCAGAGCCACUGGUCCUGAGAGAGCCGGGGGCAACCUUCAACUGUGGUAUACCAAGGAAGACCACCACAAAAUCGGCACUUCCAGUAUCUACACUGUUGGCCAAUUCGAUGGAUUUGCGCUCGUUGUGGACACCCACGGCGGAAGGGGUGGUAGCGUCCGAGGGUUCCUCAAUGAUGGCACAAAGGAUUACCAAAGCCACGGCGAUGUUGACAGUCUGGCUUUUGGACACUGCGACUACUCGUACCGUAACCUUGGCCGCCCUUCUGUUGUUCGGAUCAAGCAGACGAACUCGAUCUUCGAGGUGACCGUCGACGAUAAGCUUUGCUUCUCCUCGCCCAAGGUCGCUCUCCCUGCUGGAAACUCUUUUGGUGUGACAGCAGCAACCCCUGAGAACCCGGACUCUUUUGAGGUCUUCAACUUCAUUCUGCGAACCAGCUCGCCUGGAAGCGUUCCGGUUCAGCAAGGCGGUAGCAACCAACAACCGAUCGUCAACCAGAACACGAACAAUGUGCCACAAGGACAAGGCCGCCCUGCUUCCGAUUCCAGAACAAUGGAGCAGUAUGUGGAUCUCACCAGCCGUAUCCAGCUCAUCAGCCAAGCCACCAACAACAUCAUCCGGGAGAUCGGAAACCAAGGCACCAAGAGCGAAAACCGUCAAGCCGAGCUCAUUCAGAAAUUGGCCAGUAAGGACCAAGUGGCUGCCCUUGAUGCACGACUGCAGCGCAUCGAGCAAGUUUUGCAGCGCGUUCAGCGUGAUAUAGAAGGCAAUGACUACCGUGACCGCCUUUCUCAGCUCCAUGAUACUCUGAAGUCGUCUCAUCUUACUUUGACCGAAAGCCUUCAAAGCUCGAUUCUUGGCACAAUCGCUUCCUCGUCGCCACGCAUGGGCUUCUUCAUCUUCUGCAUCAUCGCCUUCCAGCUCCUUCUCGCUGGUUCCUACGUUCUCUACAAACGUCGACGCGCAAACAUGCCCAAGAAGUUCCUUUAAACUUCACCUGUUUGGCUUUUCUGCCUGCCUUCUCAAUUUAGGACCAUGAUUUACGAUGUUACUGAUUCUGCCUUGGUUUCAUCAUCUUCACUCAGCAAAUCUCGCAAUCUGUCUCUCUACACUUUCGGGUUUGGGUGGGUAACCUUUCAUCCUGGUAUCUGUAUCAUGAACGAAACACUAGAAUAAUGAUCUCCUUCAUCUACCGUGUACUGCAUUUAGCUUGAAUAUAUACGUCCAAGACCACAAUUCCGACUUCGAUUGCAUAUAAUUCGCUGGCCUCUACAGGCGGAAAUAAACUACAAUAGAUACGAUGUAGACAAUAAAUCAAAAGCAGG